UCACCCCCCCCCCCCCCCGGCUUCCCGCUCUUCCAUCUUCUCCGCGAACACGAGCUGCCUUAUACCUCUCGUGCCCUGUGGUCUCCGAUGGAGACGGUGAUGUCACUGGGAAAGGCGGGCACCGGCGGGCGCCGGAGGCCGCGGUACCGUCUCGAGACCAGGGCGCUGUCCUACGUGCUCCCGCCGCGCGCCGGGGCGUCGUCUUUCUUGUGUGGCGGCGGCAAGGUGGUGGAGAGGCUGCUGCUGCGGGGCGUGACGUGCGAGGUGCCGCCCGGGGAGCUGGUGGCCAUCGUCGGGCCGAGCGGGGCGGGCAAGACGACGCUGCUGUCGGUGCUGGCGGGGUCGGCGGACCCGGGGAGGGUGGCGGCAGGGGAGGUGAUGGUGAACGGGUGUCCCAUGGACGCCGCCCGGUUCCGGCGGGUGUCCGGGUACGUGCCGCAGGACGACGCGCUGUUCCCGACGCUCACCGUGGAGGAGUCGCUGGUGUACAGCGCAUGGCUAAGGCUGCGCGGGGGAGGGCGCGGCGCGGCGGAGGCGCGGGCGCGGGAGCUGAUGGUGGAGCUCGGGCUGCAGCACGUCGCAGGGUCCAGGGUUGCGGACGUGUCCGGCGGCGAGCGGCGGCGGGUGUCCAUCGGGGUGGACCUCGUGCACGACCCGGCCGUGCUGCUGCUGGACGAGCCCACGUCCGGGCUCGACUCGGGGUCCGCCCUCCACAUUGUCAAGAUGCUCAGGGACAUGGCCACCGCGCACGGCAAGACCGUCGUGCUCACCAUCCACCAGCCCGGCUUCCGCAUCCUCGAGUUGUUCCACCGCGUCGUCCUCCUCGCCGACGGCGCCGUCCGCCACCACGGCUCCCUCGGCUUCCUCGAGGAACGCCUCGCCGCCUCCGGCCACGCCAUCCCUCCCCACGUCAACGUCCUCGAGUACGCCAUGGAGGCCAUCGACUCCCUCAAGCCCGACGUCGUCGUCACCACAGUCAGCACCACCGCGCUCAUGAACCAAGAAGAGACCGCGCCGGUACCCGCGUCCGUGCGCCGCGCUGAGUACGCGAACUCGUCGGCGGCGGAGGUGCGCAUCCUGGCGGGGCGAUUCGUGAAGACGGUGCUGCGGACGCCGCAGCUGUUCGCGGCGCGGAUGGCGCAGUCGGUGCUGGCCGGCGCGUUCCUCGGCAGCAUCUUCUUGGGCACCACGGACCUGCAGUCCCGGCUGGGCUUCUUCGCUUUCAGCCUUACCUACCUGCUCUCCUCCACCACCGAGGCCCUCCCCGUGUUCCUCCAGGAGCGCCGCAUUCUGGAGCGCGAGACCUCCCGCGGCGCGUACCGCGUGUCCUCCUACGUCGCCUCUAACGCAGCCAUCUUCCUCCCGUUCCUCCUCGCCGCAGCCAUCCUCUACGCGGCGCCCGUGUAUUGGCUCGUGGGCCUGGCGCGCGAGCCCGCCCGCUUCGGCUACUUCGCCCUCGUCGUGUGGCUCGUCAUGCUCACCGCCAACUCCUUCGUGGCCUGCCUCAGCGCGCUGGCGCCCAACUACAUCGUGGGCAACUCCGUCGUGGCGGGGCUCAUCGGCUGCUUCUUCCUCUUCUCCGGCUACUUCGUGGCGAGCAAGAACAUCCCGCGCUACUGGGUGUUCAUGCACUACGCCAGCCUGUUCAAGUACCCGUUCGAGGCCCUGGUCGUCAACGAGUACGGCGGCGCGCGCGGUGCCAGGGAGUGUCUCGCCGAGGCCCCUGGCGGCAGGGGUCUCUGCGUGCUCGACGGCGCGGCGCUGCUGCGGCAGCAGGGGAUGCGGGAGGGCAUGCGGUGGAGCAACCUGGGCGUCAUGCUCGGCUUCGUGGUCGGGUACAGGGUGCUCUGCUUCGCCUUCCUCUGGUACAGGUGCCACCGCAUGAGGAGGUGAUUCCGGUGGCGGCCAUUGGCCAUUGGCAUGCAAGCAACUGCAAAUAGUAAUCGCUCUCUUAAAGUUCAUCUCAUCACCUUCUUCUCCUCCCAUUUUUCUUUUUUGUUGUGAUUUUUCUCCAUGAGGCAUUGUAGUCUUGAUUUCGAUUAGGUUCGAUACGAAUAUAUGUAUAUGUUUGGGGGAGAUAUUGAACGACUUGUAGCAGUCAGUGGAUGAUGUUCUUCUUGUGAAUCAGAAUCAACAGUGGGAUUGAUGCAUGGAUGAUGCUAAUGGAGAAUAAUAAUUUGAGAGACUA